GUUUGAUNGUAUUAGCGAUGAGCCGACCACUGGUUUGGACUCAUUUAUGGCUAAAAGUAUAGUACAAGUGCUGAAGACUAUGGCAUUGGAGGGACGGACUGUCAUCUGUACUAUACAUCAGCCCUCGUCUCAAGUGUUUGAACUCUUCGACAGUCUAUUACUUAUGACCGACGGAAGGGUAGCUUUCAAGGGGUCCAUCGGUGACGCCAAGAAUUUCUUUUCAUCGCAAGGAUUACAAAUUUGCGACAAUUAUCUCGAUUCGAGUUAUUCUGAUAUCACUAUCAAUGCGAAUGAAAACAACACUCGAGGAACGCCUACAUUCAAUAAACCGAUUCUGAGGUCGGGCUAUAGGGCUGGCUAUUGGCGACAAUUUGUGACACUAUUGUGGCGCUCGUAUAUAACCCUAACCCGAAAUCCCAAAUUGCUUCUAGACCGAUUGGUUAUGUAUUUGAUUAAUGCAUUCUUGUUUGGCCUCAUGUUUUAUAAUAUUGGACACGCCUACUCCGAUGCGAGUAAUAUCAUGGGAGUACUUAUUAUGGUUAUCUACGUGCACACGGUGAAAGGGGAAUUGCGCCAAUACGUGUACCACCAUGGAAACAUAUCGCCCAUAAACACCACAAACACCACACAAUUGACCACUACUUAUACCUCCGGAGUAGAAGUCAUUGAAUCCCAGGGUUUCGAUGAGUCGGCGCUCAUGUGGUGUCCGUUUGCACUCAUGGCCUGGGCUUUGGUUUAUAUGUUCAUCGCGUAUAUCGGCUUAUGUCGGAAAGUUCGACGCAAACAGUGA